AUGGUCCGUAGUGGAAAAAAUGGUGGGCUCCACCUGAAGCAGAUAGCAUACUACAAGCGAACAGGAGAGUAUCAUCCCACAACAUUAUCAAGUGAAAGAAGUGGAAUCAGGAGAGCAGCCAAAAAAUUUGUUUUCAAAGAAAAUAAAUUGUUCUAUGUUGGAAAAGACAGAAAACAAAUGCGCCUGGUAAUUGUUUCAGAUGAAGAGAAGAAAAAAGUGCUUGAGAAAUGCCACGAAAAUGCUGCUGGCACGCAUCAUGGCAUAUCAAGGACGCUGACUUUAGUGGAAUCUAAUUACUACUGGACCUCUGUAACAAAUGACGUCAAGCAGUGGGUGUAUGCUUGCCGGCACUGCCAAGUGGCAAAGAAUACAACCACCACGGCACCCAAAACACACCCUAUCAAAGCAGAGGACCCAUGGACAGCAGUCACUAUAGACCUAAUGGGGCCUUUUAAUGUUACCAACAGAAGCCACAAGUACAUCAUAAUUAUGACAGAUUUGUUUACAAGAUGGGCUGUUAUCUUGCCACUGCAUGAGACUUCAGCAGCUGAAAUUGCUAAGGCAAUCACAAAUGUGUUUUUCUUAUAUGGGCCACCUCAAAAAAUGCCUAUUGAUCAAGGAAAGGAGCUUGUUUAUCAGAUAAAUGAAGAACUGUUUGCACUGUUUGGCAUGAAACAAAUUGUAUUGUCUUAUCCUCAAACAGAUGAUGUAAAUGAAAGAACAUGCAAGACAAUCAAAGCUUUCCUUAACAAAUACUGCACUGACCAUCCAAAUGAUUGGGAUGAACAUUUGUCUGCUAUUGCCUAUGCUUUCAAUUUGACAAAUUUGGAGCCAGAUCAAAACACCCCAUAUUUCCAAAUGUUUAAUCGUAACCCACAUGUUGUUGAGCCAAUGGACAUAUGUGUGGAAGGAGAAUACAGUAUGUUUGCCAAAAUAUUUGAAGCAACUAAAAAAGCCAGUCAAGCACUGGAAGAAGAGAAAACCUCAGAUUGCCAGGUGGAGAAAAACACUUCAGAUGAACAAAAAAUCAGGAACAAAAUCACUGUCAAAAGAAAGCCAAAGCAAUUAAAUAACCUUCGACUUAAAGUUGGUCAUGAAGUCCUCAGGCAAAGAAAAAACUGGUGGAAGGAUGGUCGUUUCCAGUCGGAAUGGGUUGGUCCUUGUAUUAUAGAUUAUAUUACAGAUAAUGGCUGUGCCAUAUUAAGAGAUGCCACAGGAUCCAGGUUGAAAAGACCCAUCAAGAUGUCUCACCUCAAGCCAUACAUAAGAGGGUCCGGUGAAAAAGACAACCAUUACUUUUUACAAGGUGCAGUAGUUGUUGACCAUGACUAUAUUGGCUUAUCUGAAAGAUCCUAUAAUCCAAGCCAACAAGACUCUGUUGCUGAAGGAGAAAUAAAUGCCUACACAAGAGAUGUCAUGUCUGCUGUGCAAAUGCCACCUUCAGCCUGCAAAGACCAAGAAUCAACAGAUGGUAAACAUCAGUCUGAGCUGACAGAAGAUCAUUGCAUUGAAUCAAACAAUGCAAAGCCGGAGCAAUGGCCUUCACCUUGUUGGACACUUCAGACCAAGAUAGAGGAUACUUAAGCAUAGUUUCAUGCCACGUUUCAUUGCCAAACAGUUUGCAACUUCUGUGGCAGACUGAAAACAGUGUAAUAGCUCCAAAUUCCUUAGCCAAAUCUACUUUACUUUAUGAAUGUAAGAGUACUGCAGGUGUCCACUGAUUAAUUUGUAUGGGAGUUAAGAAGGAAUUGCUCUACUACCAAAAACAUGUUCAUGUAAAAGCACAUGUUCUACUACUGUAUGAAUUUAAGAACAUUGUUGGCAUCCAGUGGUUAAUUUAAGUGGGCACUGAGAAGCACUCAGUGACCAAAAGUACAGGCACAACCCAGUAAAAGCACAUGUUCUCAUCAUGCAUUUGAAUUUCAGAUUUUGUUGGUAGAAUGGCAGUAUGGCUGUACCUUACUGUUAUCCUCUCAGGACACAAUACAUCAUUUCACUGUAAUAACCUUUUCAUUAAUCGUUAGAUGACUCAUUCCUAAUGUGGAGAGAGAUACUGUGGGAUGAAUAUAAUCUAAGCAACUUGAUGUAAAUUUUGCCUCCACUGUAGAGAAUCCUUUUCCUGUUACAAAACAGGUUCCUGUUCUUUCUGAAAAGCUGCAGAGUCUGACUUUUACAGCUUUUAAUUUCUCUAAGAUCUCACAAAAACAGUAAAGCUGCCAAAAUCAAGUGCACGUAAUGUUCCGCAUAUGAAACAACGUGGCCUUCAGCUGCUCCCUGCUCAUCAAAACUCUGCUAGAGUGAGCAAUUUUAAUUUCUCA